CGGAGAUACCACCAUUUACAUGGCUGAAGUGCGGCCAGCCAUCAGGGUGCUUAAAAUGAAGUAUGGAGUCAUCACCAGGGAUCACCCUGUCAGGCUGAUGGUUGAGUGUAGGUACUCAAAGCUGAGCCCAACAAUGAGGGCAAGUACUGGCUACAUGGUGAUGAACCCAACUGUGCCAGCUUCUUUGAGGUCUCGUGGACAAUAUGGUGUUCAGCUCAGGAUUGCAGAUGAUGAGACCUUCUCUUCAUUCUCUCCACGUGGUCAUCUGCCCUUGAAGGUUCUCCUGGGUAGACCAUUGUACCUGGAGGUGCGAUUAAAUUCUCCCAAACCUGAGGCCACAUUACUAGUAAAUUACUGUGUGGCCUACACGCGCUCUGCUACGAACGCCUUGGUUCUGCUCUAUGAAGGGUAAGUUUUGGGGGUUGAUGGGGGGGGGGGCAUCAUGGUUGCCUUUAUAUUCGGUCCUAUUUGGUAUGGUUCAUUGUUAAGAUCUUGAUGGUAAGGCCACAUUGCCUUCAGUGGGAGGAGUAGGUACCUAUGUAAGGAAGAGAACAUGAGCAAGUGUUAAGCAUGGUGUGGACAACUUUAUAUUUUAAGCUAUGUAUGUGUAAAGGAAGACUGAGUCUAUGCUAGUGUUCAUUUGUAGAUAUGAAUGGAAUUCCAACUUUCCCUGAUGCACUACUGCAUGUUCUUGAUCAUGGUUAUUGAUUUACACUUAUUCAUAUAGCAGACGCUUUUAUCCACAGUGACUUGCUUGUAUUUCCUUAUUUGCAAAGGUUGUCUGGUUAGUUUUGACUUGUGCAAGAUAUUGCCUGCAGUUUGAAGGGGGCUUUUGCUUGCAUCUGUAAUGGGGCAGUAAUCUGGAUCAAUUCUGCCACUCCAAAUGGCAUUCCUGUCUCCCUUCUAUGGACUAACUGUCUGAGGACACUUUCUCUGCAGGUGUCCCAACCCUGAUCUUUCCUCUGCCCAGUCUUCAUUGC